AUGAACUCACUUUUGAGAACGCUGAGGGUCCGGCAUACUAGGUUGCUGCAAAUGCAGAGGAGGGCAAAUUCCAGUCAGGUCCCUGAGAAGGAGGUCUCACCACAUAUACAGAUUGGCUUUUACAAGACAUUCUCGAGGCCAAUUGCUAAGACUCUGCUUAUGGCUACGUUUACAUAUCAGUUCGUAUACUGGGGGUGGGUGUACUUGGAGAAAGGGGAGAUUAAGGCGCAGACGACUGGUGAGCGGUUGUGGAACAUUGGCAGAAUAAACAUUGAGUGCUCACAAGGUGCUGUAGCAGAGAUUGAAGGCUUGGAGAAAGAGCUGAAAGGCUUGACUGAUGCAAAAACAAAGCCAGAGACGAGUCGGCCUUGA